AUGACUGCUCGUGGGAAAAACGUUAAGACGCUUGCCACGGAGAGCGAAAUCUUUGUCUAUGACCGAAGAUGGGUCAGCGAGCCCAACAGCAUCCAGAUUCCCGAGCUACCCCCGCCACAUCCACUGCACGUCGAUAACCCGCCCGAUACCCUCACAAACCAGAACGAUCUACAAGCAUGGAGGAGCCUCUACUUAGCAAGGAGGACAUGGGCCGCGGACCUCACGGAGCGCUGCGAGUCGGCGGAAAAGCAGAUACAUGAGCACAACGAGCGCACUGAUAUCAUCAACCGAGCUGCAAGCGUAGCUCUCGAGAACCUCAAAACCCACGUCGGCACCCUAGAGCAUAAAUUCCAAGAGGCCCAGUCCUUCGCCAAUGAACUUUUAAGUCAACAGCAAGCAGCACUCAAUGGAUGGAAAAGGGCAUUGUCAACUUUAGAUAGCAUUCCAGCUCGCAAGGACUUCCCCUUCCUGGGCCGUCCGUCAACACCAACGAAAGGCAGAGGCCAAGCGAUGGGUACACUACAAGACUACGUGGAUACAGCGGAGGUACAAAGGGCUGGCUCGGAAGCCCCAGAAAUACUUGCGCGCUUUGCCCAUCAAGUUAGCACUAUCGAGAAAAAUGUUAGUGAGAUUGCUACAGAUACUCAACGCCUGGUUGAUGAAGCCUUUCCUACGAGUGUUGAGCCCGUGGAUGGACUCUUGCAGGAAAUGGAAACAAUAUCAAAUAAGAUACAAUCCGACUACGAGCAUGUUCUGGCCUUGCCUAACAACCCAAAGACAUUGGCAAACGUUUCUAGGCUCGCUCUCAGCCAUACACAAGACCUUCUACCAUCGUUAUUGGACGUUAGCAACGAAAUACAGGCUGGCCAGGAAGAAGCUGUGAGACGAUAUAAUGCGGCAGUGAAAGCCUCGUCGAGUCAUAUGCGGCUCAUAUCUUCUAUUGAGUAUCGGCUUGCCGAAACUCUACCUCAGAUCAACAGCCUGCCUUUGCAAAGCGAAGCAUUUGAUGUCAUUUACACGGUCUUCCAUAUGCCUAUUAUCUACGGGUCGGUUCUGAUUGAGUCUGUGCGACGUCGCGAGUUCAAUGAUAAAAUGAAGAACGACUCACUGACUUUGGCGGAGGAAAUGUCUGUAUUCCGGGAAGAAGAGCAGCGUCGAAGGAAGAAAUGGCUCAAAAAUAUGGCUGAUUUUAUUUCCAUCUCUGAUGCUACGACCCCUGGCAUCGAGAUAAAUCUACGGGGCCAGGAGCAGGAAUGGCCUGCCGUUAGUAGGAAAGAAGUUGAGUCAUAUAUCGAAGACCUGAAAAAUAAACCUGACAUGGAAAAUCACGCCCAAGAACUGAUGCAGCGCUUCAAAGAGCUUGAUGCUCCUACCCGGAUGCAGCGUCGCAGAGCAAAAGCUUUCAAACAGGGAAGUCUUUUUGACCUGAGCCGAAGCUCGCUUUUACUGCGCAGUGACGAUAUGGUCAGAAGUCUAAAAGAUGAGAAAGUCAAGCUUGAAGAUAGAUUGAAAGGCUCCGAGAGCCGUAUUCGAAAGUUAGAGGAUCUCCUUCAUCGUCAGAGUCAUAUGAGCCGACCCUCCAGCGGCAACUUCUCACUUGAUUUCCCCAGUUCACCGGCGUCGCCUCACCCCGACUCACUUUCAAGGAGAUCUUCGGUCUCUUCAAGGCGAAUGUCUGCAAAUCAAGCUCCGGAGGAAAAGGCGCUCGUACAACGUAUCACUCGCCUCGAGGCCGAGCUAGCGGCUGAGCGAGACACGGUGCAACGACUUCAAAAGGAGGCACAUGCCGAGCGGCAGUCUAAUACCGACAAAAUACAAGAAGCCCAGUCAACGAAGAAAGAUCUCAUUGGCAAUCUCGAAGCGCGGCAACGUGAGUUUGAUGACGAGCGCAGAUUUUUGGAGGGUGAAUUAAGAAGGCUUCGAAUCCGGACUGAGGAGCUAGAAGAGGAGGUGGACAGAAAUCUCGACAGUCGCGAACACGAGAAGCAAGACGCCGAUGAGCGCAUACAUCAUCUCGAGAUGGAAUUGCAAGAUGUCCAUGCCCGAGCUGAAGAAGAAUUGAGGAAAGCAAAUGAAACGAUUGGACACUUGCAAUCGGAGAAGGGCGUAGGAGAAACCCUACGGGCCCGUAUUGAAGAGCUACAGAACCAGGUGGCUGAAAACGAAAGGAAAGAAAACGAUAACAAGCACGCUUUGCAGGUCGCUUUUCUCAAUUUGUCUCCUGGUGGCUCUGUUCCUACCGAAUUUCCGAAUAUCAUUAAAGCAAUUGAGGUUCUCUCCGAAGGGCUAACAAUCCAUGCCAAGAAUGCGGAGGAGAGUGCCGCAAAAGCUUCAGCGGAAAGCAAGGUGCUCGAAGAACGGUUGGGUCUGAUGGAGUCUGAAUUGGAGGAUUUGAGAAAGACUGCGACCUCACGAGAAACAGAACUUUCCCAAGCUCGAAAUGAAUUGGCUGAAGGAAAAGCAAAGCUGAGCAUUGUGACCUCAGAAUUGGAAGAUGAACGAUCAAAACUCAUCGCAUUACAGUCCCAAUUUGCUGCGGGCGAGACAGGAUCCGACGCCCUGCGGGAGCGUGUUACCGAAGAAGAACGGAAGUUAACUGAUCUGGCCCAGAGGCUAGCUGAGGUUGAGACAUUGGCUCGUCAGUCUGAAGAAGAAGUUACUACCUGGAAGAAGAAGGUUGAAGCAAUGUCCGAAGCGGAGCAGCAAACUACUGUACGGUUCGAGACUUGCGGGGUCAGGUUCCAGGAGUUGUCAAAGCAGCUUUUCGCACAAGUGGAGAAGCUGGAGCGCAUGCUGGAACAACUAGGGUUCACGAUCGUUCGUCAAAAUGGUGACAUAGUUGUGCAGAGGUCGUCCAAGGUCAAUGCCCUCUCUAGCACCGGUGACAGUCUUAGCCAGUCGGGAGUGGUGUCUGUGAGACCGGACGCAAGCCUUCUCGAUUGGAUGCAUGCCGAUAGCAAGGAAGAAGAAACAGAUAAGUUCAUGGCUUUCGUGGAAUCCUUAUAUCAAUUUGAUGUGGACAUCUUCGGCGACGCGGUCGUCAAGCGUGUAAAGGAUAUUGAAGUUCUUGCUCGCAAAUGGCAGAAAGAAGCCCGCGGAUACCGAGACAAGUACCACCGGGUUCAAAGCGAAGCCCAUGAUAAAAUCGCCUACCGGUCCUUUAAAGAAGGGGAUCUUGCACUCUUCUUGCCUACCCGCAACCAAGCUAUCCGGUCAUGGGCUGCGUUCAAUGUUGGCGCACCACACUAUUUCCUGCGCGAGCAAGAUGCGCACAAGCUUCAAACCCGGGACUGGCUGCUUGCUCGGAUUACCAAGAUCGAAGAACGCGUUGUUGAUCUCUCCAAAUCGAUGAACGGUGCCAAUCCUGACCGCCGUUCCAUCGGCGAAGUCAGCGAUGGCACCUCACUUGAUGACGAAAACCCGUUUGAGCUGUCUGAUGGUCUCCGCUGGUACCUCUUAGAUGCCACGGAAGAAAAGCCAGGCGCCCCAGCGACUCCGGGCUUAGGAAAGAGCACUGUUGCGCCAGCACACGUAGACGCCAAAGGCAGCAUUCGCAUGAAACGCACAUCAGCCGGUGGGAAUAUUGCCAAAACGUUGACCAAGAGCUUAGACAGCCGACGAAAUAGUUCCAAUUCUAAGAAGGGGCAUUCCUCGACUCCUUCACAACGCGGCAACGAAUCAACAACAGACCUAGCAAGACUAGCUGAACAAGACACUGCUGCCAGCUUACACUCACGGGAGGCAGCCCCCAAACCCGAUGAGAUUUUAGAGAUCUUUGCGGUUGGAAGAACAGAGUAUAAAGCUAGUUUACAGGUUGAACCUAAAUUAGAUGCCCUUUGGAACGAAAGAUCUCCUGCUCCUGAAUGCCGGGCAAACGAGGCAGUCAAUUACGCUAAGAAAGGAGAGUGA